AGCGCGCGCGGCCGGGACCGGUGGGGGUGGGGGGCAGCCCCGUGACCUAGAUUCCCGCCUGUGGGGUGUCACCGCGAGUCUCGGAGCGGCCCGGCCCGGCCCGGCGUUAGCAUGGGCCUCGGCUCUCCCAGACACAGGCUGGGGACACAGGACCGGCGGCGCGGCGCGGCCUGGGGGGCUCACGGUUGUUCUCGGGCCUAGUUCAUUGCCCCAGACUGAAGGGACGCGCAAGGCUCUCAGAGUGCUGAGAGGCUGGACCAAACCAUUCUGCAGGAUGUUGGGAUUCCUGAAGCAGCCUGUUGUGGUCACUGCAGAGAUCAAUGUGAAUCUGGUGGCUCUGACUAUGAUGGGAUUAGUAAACCGGCUCUGGGCACUCUCCUACCCACGGGCUGUGGUUUUUGAUGAAGUUUACUAUGGCCAGUUUGUGUCUUUGUACAUGAAGCGGAUCUUUUUUGUGGAUGACAGUGGCCCGCCAUUUGGCCACAUGCUGCUAGCUUUUGGAGGUUACUUAGGAGGCUUUGAUGGAAACUUCUUGUGGAACAGAAUUGGGGCUGAGUACAAUAUGAACGUGCCCAUUUGGUCCUUGCGACUGCUGCCAGCACUAACUGGUGCCCUGUGUGUGCCUUUAGCGUACCAGAUUUUGGUAGAGCUGCACUUCUCCCAUUGUGCUGCGUUUGGAGCUGCCCUCCUGAUUCUCUUCGAGAACUCUCUGAUCACUCAAUCCAGGCUGAUGCUCUUGGAAUCAGUACUAAUCUUUUUUAUCCUGCUGGCAAUUUUGUCCUACCUGAAGUUCUACAAUUUACAGAAGUGCAGCCCCUUCACUGCAGGCUGGUGGUUUUGGCUUUUAUUGACUGGAGUUGCUUGUUCCUGUGCAGUUGGGGUAAAAUACAUGGGGCUUUUCACCUACAUGCUGCUCUUGGCCAUCGCUGGAGUCCACUCCUGGCACUUGAUAGGAGACCAGACCUUGUCAAAUGUUUCUGUGUUGUGCCAUUUGCUGGCGAGGGGACUAGCUCUAGUAGUCGUCCCAGUAGCAAUGUACCUGUUUUUCUUCUACGUUCACUUGACUUUGCUCUACCGCUCAGGACCUCAUGACCAGAUUAUGACCAGUGCUUUCCAGGCCAGCUUGGAGGGCGGGCUAGCUCGGAUCACACACGGCCAGCCCCUUGAGGUAGCCUAUGGCUCCCAGAUUACCCUGCGGAAUGUUUUAGGCAAACCCAUGCCAUGCUGGCUCCAUUCUCACAAGAGCACUUAUCCCAUCAGGUACGAGAAUGGCCGAGGCAGCUCCCACCAACAGCAGGUGACUUGUUACCCCUUCAAGGAUGUCAAUAACUGGUGGAUUGUUAAGGAUCCUGGGAUGCAGCAGCUGGUGGUGAGUAACCCACCACGUCCCGUCCGACAUGGGCAUAUUGUGCAACUGGUCCACGGCAUCACAACUCGUUACCUCAACACGCAUGAUGUUGCUGCACCUCUGAGCCCACACUCCCAGGAAAUCUCCUGUUACAUUGAUUAUAACAUCUCCAUGCCAGCACAGAACCUCUGGAGAGUGACCAUCCCUCUCUUGCAGGAAAUUGUAAAUCGGGAAUUGGACACAGACGUGUGGAAGACCAUUUUAUCUGAAGUAAGGUUUGUCCAUGUGAAUACCUCAGCAGUGCUGAAGCUCAGUGGUGCAUCUCUACCUGAGUGGGGCUACCGGCAGCUGGAGAUCAUUGGGGAGAAGUUGUCCAAAGGGUAUCACCAGAGCAUGCUGUGGAAUGUGGAGGAGCACAGAUACGGGAAAAGCCAAGAGCAGAAGGAGCGGGAAGUGGAGCUGCACUCACCCACACAGGCUGACAUCAGCAAAAACCUCAGUUUCAUGGCCAGAUUCACAGAACUGCAGUGGAAGAUACUAACAUUGAAAAAUGAAGACACAGAACAUAAGUACAGCUCUUCCCCCCUAGACUGGAUCACUAUGGAUACAAACAUCGCUUACUGGUUCCACCCUAUCUCUGGUGCUCAGAUCCACCUCAUUGGGAACGUUCUCACCUGGGCUUCAGCUAAUGUUGCAACUCUCGUAUAUGUGUGUCUGUUCCUGUGGUAUUUGCUUCGACGACGGAGGAAGAUUUGUGACAUCCCUGAAGAUGUAUGGAGGCUCUGGGUAUCAGCUGGAGGAUUCUGUGUGGGAGGCUGGGCUGUGAAUUACCUCCCCUUUUUCAUGAUGGAGAAGACACUUUUCCUGUACCACUACCUGCCUGCUCUCACUUUUCAAAUUCUCCUGAUUCCUGUUGUACUGCAGCAUCUGACCGAUCACCUCUGCAGGUACCCAGGACACCCUACAGGGUGUUCUGCAGUUCUAAUUAGUGGGGAUGGAGGUAGUGAAAUGAUGGGGUUCAUAGUCCCAGCUGCAGCACUGACUUCAGGCACGUUGCAUUAUGUCCCAUCUGUAGUAACGCUGCCCUGCCUCCCAGAGGGGCAUGGGGAGAAUUACUCAGUUAAUGCUUCUACAGAGCCAGGCAAGGUAAAUUGCAGCCCUGUUUAGCAGUUCAUUUUUUUGGAGGCGAGAAGACACAACCUGUUUCCUGGGGUCUCCAUGUCUAACAGGUAGCAGAGUGCAAAGUUCCAAAUUGCUACACUAGACUCUUGCUAUUAGACUAUGGAGGUAGCUUUGCUUUAACUUCAUUUCUCUCUCUCUCUCUCAGAUCCCAACUCCCUAAGAACGCGUUCAGUGCCUUGAUGGUAGCCUGGUUCUCCUCCAUUUACCUGGUCUAUCGCACCUUCAGCCCACUGACAUAUGGGGAGCCUACCCUCUCAGCAGCUGAACUCAGGGCCCUGCGCUGGAAGGA